AUGCGGGCUGUUGGACUUGGGAUAAAAGGCCCCCCUUUCACAUGGAGCAAACAUUAUUGGAGUGGAGCUUCAAUUUGGGAAAGGCUGGAUAGGGCAGUGGCUUCACAUGAAUGGUUCAUCAGAUUUCCGGGUUCUCAGGUCCACCACGUGGAUAGCUCAACUUCUGACCAUAAGUUUUUGUGGAUAGAACUAUCAGACCUGGAUUUCCAGCCAAAAAAGAAAACUUUUAGGUUCGAAGAAAUGUGGUUAGCAGAUAAAGGUUGUAGAGAAACGGUAGAAGGAAUGUGCCAAGCCAGGUAUGAUGAAGCCGAGAAUUUGAAGGUGAUUAGGAAGGUUGAGAAUUGUGGUAAAGAGUUGACUAGUUGGAGCCGUAAUAAUUUCGGUAAUGUUCGAAAUGAGCUGGUUAAAAAAAGGAAAGAUCUAGUUCGAGCAGAACGACAAGCUGUGAGGACCGGGAAUUCUUUUCAGGUUGUGCACUUAAAGAAGGAGAUUAACAUAUUAAUGGGAAAAGAAGAACAGAUGUGGAGACAGAGGUCGAGAUUUACCUACAUCAAAGAGGGUGAUCGGAACACCCGUUUCUUCCAUAGCCGUGCCACACAAAGGAAGUGA